ACGCCCGGUUGAAUUUCCAAACAAUGGCGGAAAUGUAGGAGCGCGAAAAUGCUUUGAGUUUUGCUUGUUUUCACGCAGUUAUGGCGGCUGAUGUGCUGCAACGUUUUCACCCAGACGUUGCAAAAUUUGUAGAGGCCGUGCUUAAUAAUGGUGGCAUGGGUGUCUGUGGCGAAUUACCGAAAAUCAUCGAACCGAAAACAAGCUUGUCCUUUAACUACACUCGAGGUAACGUAAGAUCUUGCGAUCGAUUCAAGGUGUUGAUACCAUAUGCUGGUAGAUCUUUAAAAUGGGAGGUGAUCUUUAACCAAGCACAACCAGACUUUCCACCAGAUUUUAUUUUUGGAUUACAUGAUCAGGAUUUUGUUCCUAAUAUUACUGAAGUCAAGUCUCUUGAGAAUUGGGAUGCUAGUGAUCCACAGAGCCUGGUGAUUCUGAUCAAUGAAUUGGUCAGCCAGUACAAAGAGCACCAGAGAAAGCAAGUGGAACAAAUACCAAGGAUUCACUUUGAAUAUACUACACUUGCAGCUGAUAAUAAUUACCCUGAAUUUGAAGUACAUGUUAUCAGGGGUCAACAGAAUACAGACACUAUUGUGAAUUUCAUGAUCAAGCUUCCAGUUGACCUCAGUGAGGUGCCACCUUAUAUAAUAAAGGAUUGUCCUGGAGAGGAUAUGGCAUGUUUGUUUGUAACUUAUGCAUCAUUAAAUGGAGAAAAUGUCAAGCCAACGCUUCUUUUAUCACCAAGAGUAGAAAGGGCAUUUGGUGGAGCUAGUAAUCUUCGCAUUCCCCACUGGGGAGGGGUGAAUGGGUGUCUGUUGGAGUACCUCCCUCUUAUUCAAGAACUUUUUGCACAAAAGGUUGAGCAAGUUUGCCAAAUGUUUCAGAAAAGAAGAGAAUACAUAGCAGCUUUUCUGAGUGCAUUUGGAAGUUCUAUUUUAGAGUACGAUUCUGAAGGAUUCAUGAAGCUCUCCUUGCUAUUCCAAGUUCAAGGGUUUUUCUGUAUUGUUCAUAUUGAACUGGACAAGAAUUUUCCUCAUGAAGCCCCAUUCUUUUACCUUCAGUCGAUUUACCACGAGAAAAACAACCAACCAUACGAGAAACUUGAGGCCGACUACCCGUACAGUCCGCGGUGGUCUGGGGAUGAGAUGGCUGAGAGAGCGAGGUUAUUCUUGAUGGAAAAGAUACCAGCUUUCAAGGAGGCCUCGUUGAAUAACGCCAAAUUCUGAAGCAAUUUUCAGCUGUCACCAUCGUCUUUGGUACAAGCAACAACAUGCACAAGGAAAUGGAAAAUUCUCGUGUCGGAAUAUUGCUUGACUUUUCCAAAGGAAUCUUUUAUGUGCAGUUCCAAGAUGAACUUAUAGAAUAUAGUGUUAAUGGCGUUCGAGGACAGAGGCUUGCUCUCGAAUUAGCUACGUAGUUUUCAAUCAUGUGCUUAGGGCUAUAGCUGUUUUUGGAGUCUAUUGCAUCAACCCAAUCCCUUUUCCUUUCUGACCAAUCGCGGUCCGCGCGCGUGCGGUCGGCCUUUUGGGAUGUCACGCAACACUUUCCCCUUACUUAAGGGGGAGCGUUGCGUGACAUCUCAAAAAACGUCCGCGGAGGAGUAGUCUGAAUUUCAGCCGUCUCUUCCCUUUACCCCGAGGGGGGCGCGGGACACCCUCGGGGUAAAGGGAAGAGACGGCUGAAGUUCAGACUAGCGGAGGGGACUACCCGCGUGGGAAGCGAGGAAAUCUUAAGAAGAUACAUUUUGCUUUGUUUUUAAGUAAAAAGGCUGAAGAACUUUUAUUACACUUAAAUGACAACUAUAGAGAUAAAUGUGCACGCCCUUGAAGAAACAUGCUUUUCAGCUGUAGUCAACAGAAGGUGAAAUGUCUCUGGAUUCACUUUAUACCGUUAUUAAGAAAUAAAGACUCGACAUCUUUUUAAGCUUCUUCAAAGGCGUGAAAAUGGUUUAUGAUUAGUUAGCCUUGUAGCCUGUGAACAGGCUCUCUAGCCAAGGAUGAGGCGAAAAGAGAGCGGGAGUAAAGGAGAGAAGCUGUCCCAUCCUCCACCCCAUUCCUCUCUCGACCACUUCACUCUUAGCCAGUUUCUUCUCUGCCCUUCUAACCGGAGCCAGUUUACACGCUAUAAGCCUAGAAUCUUUCAACGCUUGCUAUCUGCCCGAAAAAUUUUUUCCAUCAUUUUUUCUAGCGGAGCACGCAACGAGAGGCGUCAGUUACAAGGUUAGAUUUGGCGCUGCACGUGGUCUGGGUUUAGCCGCGCGUUAACUGCCUUGUGGAUAUCGUUCAGAGGCCACGCAUCUCUUCAAAUUGUGGCAUUUCAUUGUUUUCCUGUUUCAUGCACCUCUAUCGGUUCAUUGUUUCUGUUAUUUCUAUCGUUUUCUCAACCAAUCCUGUUAUGCCUUCUGAGAGGUGCGAGGCGCCUCAUCUCAUUAAAUGGCGGGAAAACCGUCAACUCCAAGCGCACCGCGUCUCACGGUGGAGUGUGGCGUGGGGACGAGGAAGGCGCGUUGGCAAACGAAACAUCUCUUUUUCAAAACACACACAACAGCGAGCCCUUAAAUUAAACAAAUGUUAAAACCGCGCUACAUUGUCAAACUUGCCACCAGCUAGUAAUUAGUUAAUCCUAACUUGUUAAAAAAAUACCUAUCACGUUUGUAAUAACGAUUGACUUGAAUACCUAUCACCCUUGAAAUCACACUUAAUUAAAAUGUCUAUCACGCUUGUAUAGAGCGGAUUUCAACUGAGUGUCGUAAAA